AUCCAAAUCCAGCUGUGAAUUCGUUUGGAUGAGCGGUUUCGUGCUAUAGACCGUUUUGCCGACUGGGAAGUAAAUGGAGAUUUUUGUGUUUUCGCAAUAAUGGACAACACUUCUGCAUAGAAACAACCCUUUCGCAUAUUUUCUUUUGUGUCGCUGUACUGACACUUUAUUGUUUGUAGCCUACAGAAGAUGUUAUCAAGAAAAUAGUAAUUAAUUAAAGAUGUAUCUAAUUGUCAGACUAGUGGAUAGUUUUGGAUUGUAAAUCAUCGAUGUUCUAGGAGAACAAAAAAGUUAGCGCACGUUUUACCUGCUGUUAGACUGAAGUGCGCGUGUUCGUAAGAGCGGGUGGAAAGAGCGGAGCUUAUUUUCGGCGAGCCACUAGUUUCGCAGGAGUUGCAUUCAUCUAGUAUUCAUUAAAAGAAAACAAUAUCAUUUCAAGGCUUCGUGUCCAGGCAUCACUGAGUUGUGAGGGCUGGAGUGCAUGUCUGACGCGCGAUGCCCGUAAACCUGCUCAAGCUGUAAACGCCACCUGGAAACUCAGCCUGAGAGCUUGACUUUCUGUGCCUCUGUUUACAACAAUCGGGCUACUUUUUGUCACCAGAAAUGAUCAUGCGAUGAGUGAGUUCCGUUUGGGCUUAUUAUCAGAGGCAAUUACAGGAGGUGAAUGAUGGCUGAGGAUGGAGGAAAUAUUUCCGAGGACCAUAGAGAGAGGGAAGCAGAGGGUAGGUCCUCUCUUCCGAGGACUUUUAUUCGACUUAACGACCUGUCCAGUGGCGGGGAACGGAAUGAUGAUGAAGCUGAUGAUGGACCUGAGAGGAGGGAGAGCAGAGUCAGCGCGGCGACGGAGGAGGCUGCGUCGGCCAGUGGUGGAGAAGCGUUGCCCUACCCCUCCCUAGCGCCCGUCGUGUUUUUCUACCUGAAGCAAACCACGCGGCCGCGGAGCUGGUGUCUGAAAAUGGUCUGCAACCCAUGGUUUGAGCGAGCCAGCAUGCUGGUAAUUCUGCUGAACUGUGUGACUCUGGGCAUGUUCCACCCAUGUGAGGACAGCAACUGUGACUCAGAACGCUGCAAGAUCCUGGAGGACUUUGAUGACUUCAUCUUUGCUUUUUUUGCUGUGGAGAUGGUGAUUAAGAUGGUGGCGCUUGGCAUCUUUGGCAAAAAGUGUUACCUUGGAGAUACCUGGAAUCGGCUAGACUUCUUCAUUGUGUUGGCCGGGAUGCUGGAAUACUCUCUCAACCUGCAGAAUGUCAGCUUCUCUGCUGUCCGUACUGUCAGAGUGCUGAGACCGCUCCGAGCUAUCAACCGAGUGCCCAGUAUGAGAAUAUUGGUGACUCUCCUGCUGGACACGCUCCCUAUGCUGGGCAACGUGCUGCUGCUCUGCUUCUUCGUCUUCUUCAUCUUCGGCAUCGUUGGGGUGCAGCUGUGGGCGGGGCUUCUGCGUAACCGUUGCUUCCUGCCUGAGAACUUCUCCCUUCCCCAGAGCCUGGACCUGCACAGCUACUACCACACGGAGAACGAUGACGAGAACCCGUUCAUCUGCUCGCAGCCACGGGACACCGGCAUGCGCCAGUGUACCUCCAUCCCCACGCUGCAUGAAGAGGGCCUGCAGUGUCAGCUGGGCAUGGGCGCCUACAACACCACUGACAACACCACCUGUGUCAACUGGAACCAGUACUACACCAAUUGUUCUGCCGGGGACGUCAACCCUUUCAAGGGCGCCAUCAACUUCGACAAUAUAGGCUAUGCCUGGAUUGCCAUUUUUCAGGUCAUCACUCUGGAGGGCUGGGUGGACAUCAUGUACUUUGUGAUGGAUGCACACUCCUUCUAUAACUUCAUCUACUUCAUCCUCCUGAUCAUAGUGGGCUCCUUCUUCAUGAUCAACCUGUGUCUGGUUGUCAUAGCCACGCAGUUCUCGGAGACGAAGCAACGUGAGAGUCAGUUGAUGAAGGAGCAGAGAGUGCGCUUCAUGUCCAAUGCCAGCACGCUGGCCAGCUUCUCUGAGCCAGGCAGUUGCUACGACGAGCUCCUCAAAUACCUGGUCUACAUUGUGCGCAAGGGCGCCCGGCAGCUGGGUCACCUAAUGCGUGCGGUCGCUCGCAGGGCGGGCCUCCGUGUUUGCGCUUCUCCCGACACGGAGACCACGAAUGCCAAGAGGCGGCGGCAGAAGCUGCGCCAGGGCUCUGUGCACCACGUCGCACAUCACCACCACCAACACCACCAUUACCACCUCGGCAAUGGGAGCGUCCGCACCGAGCCUGCCGUCCGAGAGACAGAGGCAAGCACGUGGAGCGCCAGCGUUAACCUCGCGGGUGCGGGCUCCGGACGCCUCACGCUGCCUGCGAUUAGCCCUCUGCAGCCUUCUGUCUCCUCCCUCUCUGGGGUUCUGGGCCCCAGGGGUGCUGAGUCGGUCCACAGCGUGUGCCCUGCUACCUGCUACUUUGAGCCACUGCGUUGCGUGCCCACGCCGGGCCCCUCUGUGCUGCAGGCCUACAAGAGGAACUCGGUUCCUUUUGCGGCACCGGUGCAUAAGAACUACCCAACCCUGCAGCCCUGCCUGCCCCUGGAGCGCCUCAGGCAGAGGGCCCUGGAGCCAGGAACAGCAAGCAGCGUGGCCAGUAUGCUCACCAGCCUCAACAUUCCCCCCAACCCCAUCACCACCUCCCAGAGCCUGCUGGAGACACUAGGUCCUGCAGGGAAGAUGCCCUGCAGGAAGCUUUCCAACACCAACUGCAGUGGUGCAAACUUGGACCCUACUUUGACAUUUGACCCCGAAACCUGCCCAUAUUGCACGAAGUCAGCAGGAAAUGACUCAGAAGGCAUCGAGACGAACGAGACUGCAGACUCAGAUAGCGAGGGUGUGUAUGAGUUCACUCAGGAUGCCCACUACAGGGACAGCAGAGACCCCGAGCGGAAGAGCAAGUUUAAGCUCGGGGCUCGUGCGGCAAAGGUCGUGCAUUUCUGGAGGCUGGUCUGUGACACCUUCCGCAAGAUCGUGGACAGCAAGUACUUCGGCCGGGGUAUCAUGAUCGCCAUCCUCAUCAACACACUCAGCAUGGGCAUCGAGCACCACGAGCAGCCGGAGGAGCUCACCAAUGCCCUGGAGAUCAGCAACAUCGUUUUCACCAGCCUGUUCGCCCUGGAGAUGCUCCUCAAGCUCCUUGUGUAUGGCCCGUUUGGCUACAUCAAAAACCCCUACAACAUUUUUGACGGCAUCAUCGUGGUAAUCAGUGUUUGGGAGAUUGUUGGUCAGCAAGGUGGGGGUCUAUCCGUGCUGAGGACCUUUCGACUCAUGCGUGUGCUGAAGCUGGUGCGCUUCAUGCCUGCUCUGCAGAGGCAGCUGGUGGUCCUGAUGAAGACUAUGGACAACGUAGCCACCUUCUGCAUGCUGCUCAUGCUCUUCAUCUUCAUCUUCAGUAUUUUGGGCAUGCACCUGUUUGGUUGUAAGUUCGGCUCUGAGAGAGAUGGUGACACGAUGCCUGACCGCAAGAAUUUCGACUCUUUGCUUUGGGCCAUUGUCACGGUGUUUCAGAUCCUCACCCAGGAGGACUGGAAUAAAGUGCUGUAUAAUGGCAUGGCCUCCACGUCACCUGUGGCUGCCCUCUACUUCAUUGCCCUUAUGACCUUUGGGAACUACGUCCUGUUCAACUUGCUAGUGGCCAUCUUGGUGGAGGGCUUCCAGACUGAGGAGCUGGCCAAGAGGGAAGACUUGCAUGGCCAGCUGAGCUGUAUUCAGCUGCCCAUAGACUCAGGGGGUGAUGCCUCCAAGUCAGAUUCAGAAGCAGACUCCUAUGCCCGAAGUGCUGAUGAUGUGCGUGGAAGCAAAAAGGAUGUGUCAGCCUCUUCUGUAGCACCCAUCAAUGGCCACGUGGAUCUGAAGGCCAGCUUGACGCCUCCUCUCAUCACCCACACGGCCGCCACGCCCAUGCCCGUGCCCAAGAUCUCAGGAGGAGGAGACCCUGCUCACGAAUCCCGCAGGGGCAGCAGCGUCUCCGUGGACCCCAACUGCCAGGAGAAAUCUCCAUCCAGCGCUCGGAGCUCUCCGCACGCCCCUUGGAGUUCAGGCAGCAGCUGGACCAGCCGCCGCUCCAGCUGGAACAGCGUGGGUCGCGCGCCCAGCCUCAAGCGGCAGAAACGGCAGUCGGGCGAGCGACGCUCGCUGCUGUCCGGCGACGGCCACUCCAGCUCGGACGAGGAGUGCUCCGGCGGCUUCCGCGAAGGCGCACUGGAGGGCGACGACGCCUCGCUCUCGCGGACAGACUCGUUCGGUCAGAGGCCGCGACACAGGCGCAUGGAGUCUCUGGAGACGCGCGGCUCCUUCGAACUGCCAGCCGACACGCUGCAGGUGCCCUACCUGCACCGCUCGGCUAGCGUGCACAGCACGCGGCCGCCCGGCCUGCUCAGCAAUGGCAAGGGCUCGCCCACAGGGGCCGCCACACGCCUCUCGCUGGACGAGCACGCCAGCGAGGACGACAACGGCGAUGACGAGGGGAACCUGAGUCGCCGGGCGCGCCUCUACCGUUGGUUCGAGCGGAAGCAGCCUGCAUGGUGCAGGCAGAGGAGCACCUGGUCUCUCUACCUGUUCCCCUCUGAGUCCAGAUUCCGUGUGAGCUGCAAUAAGAUUAUCACCCACAAAAUGUUUGAUCACAUCGUCCUUGUCAUAAUCUUCCUCAACUGUAUCACCAUUGCUAUGGAGAGGCCCUGGAUUGACCCAAAAAGUGCGGAGCGCAUCUUCCUGACUCUGUCCAACUACAUCUUCACUGCCAUCUUUGUGACCGAAAUGACAAUAAAGGUGGUGGCCCUAGGCUGGUGUUUAGGAGAGAAAUCCUACCUGAAGAGCAGCUGGAACGUUUUGGACGGAAUGCUGGUGAUGAUUUCGGUCAUCGACAUCCUGGUGUCCAUGAUCUCCAACAACGGCACUAAGAUCCUCGGCAUGCUGCGUGUGCUCAGGCUGCUGCGAACCCUGCGACCCCUUCGAGUGAUCAGCAGGGCACCGGGGCUCAAGCUGGUGGUGGAAACACUGAUGUCGUCCCUCAAACCAAUCGGGAACAUUGUGGUCAUCUGCUGCGCUUUCUUCAUCAUUUUUGGCAUCCUUGGGGUUCAGCUAUUCAAGGGCAAGUUCUAUGUAUGCCAGGGUGAGGACACAAGAAAUAUAACAAACAGAUCUGACUGUCUCCUUGCUAAAUACAACUGGGUCAGGCACAAGUACAAUUUUGACAACCUGGGGCAGGCCCUGAUGUCUCUUUUUGUGCUGGCCUCUAAAGAUGGCUGGGUGGACAUUAUGUAUGAUGGGCUGGAUGCUGUCGGGGUGGAUCAGCAGCCUGUUAUGAACCACAAUCCGUGGAUGCUGCUGUACUUCAUCUCCUUCCUGCUGAUUGUGGCGUUCUUCGUGCUCAACAUGUUCGUGGGUGUGGUGGUGGAGAACUUCCACAAGUGCCGGCGUCACCAGGAAGCGGAAGAGGCUAAGCGGCGGGAGGAGAAGCGCCUGAAGCGCAUGGAGAAAAAGAGAAGGAAUAUAAUGCUGACGGGUGUCAGUUGGUCCAGCCCUGAUGGCGGAGCGACAGAGGCUCAGUGCAAGCCUUACUACUCGGACUACUCACCCACCCGCCUCCUCAUCCACAAGAUGUGCACCAGCCACUACCUGGACCUCUUCAUCACCAUCGUCAUCGGCCUCAACGUCAUCACCAUGUCAAUGGAGCACUACCAGCAACCUAAGGUGCUUGAUGAAGCGCUGAAAAUCUGCAACUACAUUUUCACCAUCGUCUUCGUUUUGGAGUCUGUCUUCAAACUCGUGGCAUUUGGAUUCCGCCGUUUCUUCAAAGAUAGGUGGAACCAGCUGGAUCUGGCUAUCGUGCUGUUGUCCAUCAUGGGGAUAACUCUGGAGGAGAUCGAGGUCAACGCCUCGCUCCCAAUCAACCCCACUAUCAUACGCAUCAUGAGGGUGCUGCGCAUCGCCCGGGUACUGAAGCUCCUGAAGAUGGCAGUGGGCAUGCGAGCUCUGCUGGACACGGUGAUCCAGGCCCUGCCUCAGGUGGGGAAUCUGGGCCUUCUCUUCAUGCUUCUCUUCUUCAUCUUUGCAGCACUGGGAGUAGAGCUGUUUGGUGACCUGAUAUGUGAUGAGCUGCACCCAUGUGAGGGCCUUGGGCGCUAUGCUACGUUCAAGAACUUUGGCAUGGCCUUCCUCCUGCUCUUCCGUGUGUCCACCGGAGACAACUGGAACGGCAUUAUGAAGGACACGCUCCGAGACUGUGCUCAGGACAACGGUUCCUGCUACAACAUGGUGGUGUCUCCCAUCUACUUUGUGUCCUUUGUGCUGACUGCUCAGUUCGUGCUGGUCAACGUGGUGAUUGCUGUCCUCAUGAAACAUCUGGAAGAGAGCAAUAAGGAAGCCAAGGAGGAGGCAGAGCUUGAGGCAGAACUAGAGCUGGAAGCAGCAGGGGAAAGCGUAGGGAUGUCUGGUGGGCACAUCUCACCUCUCUCCCUGGGGGAAAUAGGUGGGCCUGUAGGGUCUCCCUGGAUUUCCAGAGACACUCAGGACAGAGGUUACCCUACUGACAGCCCACCUGCAGACAUAUGCAGAGAGUCGACAGCACACAUAAAAGCAGACCCCCCUCAGUGUCUGGAGCCUCCAAUAGAGCGGAGGCCCAUGUUUGACUCGGUAUCCCUGGUGAUCCAGGGUUCGCUGGAAGGAGAGCUCAGCCUAAUGGACAACCUUUCUGGCUCCAUCUGCCACUACUACGCACUGCCCCUCCUCCCCAGCAGACACUGCACUGAGAAACAGACUGCAGAUCCGCCGGAACACCUAGAGCCUGUGCAAGCCCGCCAGCCUCUAGAGGAGCACCUGCUGUGUGUGAAAAAGACUUCAGUGGGGCGCACACACUCGCUGCCCAACGACAGUUACAUGUUCCAACCGCUGAAGCCCAGCACUGCCUCCACAGUGCCCCCUGCCUUUCCAUCUUUGGCACUGCAGGACCAGUCAGGCUCCAGAGGUUCUGUACAGUCCCAACCAGAAGAUUCCCCCCAGCACCUGACCGUGCCCACAGAACUUUUCCGGCCCAUCAGCCCCCACAGCUUAUCAGACUCUGAGAACAUCCCCCGCAUCCCUCCCCCUCACCGGCGACACGCCCUUUCCCGCACCCUGCGUCGACAGGUUGCAGUCAGCGCUGACUCUCAGGAGGCUCUUUAUGUGGAGGGAGGGCCGAGUGAGUGGUCUGCAGGGCCCUACCACCUCUCCACCCCUCCCGCCCGCACCCCGGCCACACCGCUGCAGCCUCAGCGCUCGCUCCUCCUGCUCCCCGCCACCCCUGGAGCCUCGCCGAAAUCGCCGCGCUCCAGCGUGCGCACGCAGCACAACCCCCAUGACCAGUACAACGUCGUCCCCCCCAGGCACCGCCAGUCCCCACCACCUCCGUCCCCGCCCGCCGGCAGGCGGGAGCGGGACUCGGUGGACCAGGAGGUGUCUCGCAUCAUCAGGGCCGGGCUCGGAGGAGGCAGUGGCAUGGGGCGCGGGAGGCCAGGUGGGCCAGCUGAGGGGCAGAGCCCGUGCCUGCGGCAGCUGAAGAAGUACUACAGUGCAGACACUCAGGGCACACGACCGCCACUGCUGCUCCGGCCUGCCUCCUGGCUCGAUGACCCACGGCGUCACUCCAUCGAGGUGUGCUCGUCGGUGGCGAGCAGCCCGCAGCGCAGCUCCAUCUCCUCCGGGUUCGUCUCGCGUGCCGACAGCCUGCAGCAGUCCUCGCAGCCCUCUCCUCAUACCCGCAAGAAGAAGAUGAGCCCCCCAUGCAUCUCGGUGGACCCCCCAGAGGGGCUGGAAAUCCUGGGGAACGUCCACCCACCGCCCCCUCUCCCCUGCAGGGACACCUGCCUGAGGAGGCGAGCCCCCUCCAGUGACUCCAAGGACUCCUUUGAUCUGGGCGGAGCAGGGGACGGCCUGCCUCAAGAUGGCACACCCCACCCCAAGCUAUUGACUCUGCCAAGCGUUUCCUUUGAGAAGUCGAGCUCUGAGCACUGAAAACCCUUGCACACACACACAAGUGCAUAUAAAAUGACAAGCACCCAUAAAGAUGCACAUGAAUGAACACAAGAGGCACUCUGUGUAUCUACAACAGUGAUAGUCAUAGUAAUAAUACCAUAGAGAGUAAUAAUGCUAACUGCAACAACAGUGAAUACUCCAUGAUCAUGAGGAAUAGUGACCAUCCCUUGUCUUUGUUCUGUACUGCCAAAAAUGAAAACAAAGCUACACUGUCCUGAGGACACACAAAGCUAACAACAAAACUCUCUCUUCCACGAUGCUGGCAGAUGUUUGCUGGCAGUCCCAUAACCUCCUGUUAGAAGCUGGUACUGGGGCCAAAACAGGCCACCUCCUUCUGGCUGUUUUGGUGACCUAAAAGCACUGUAUGGCGGAACGUCUCCUCCUGAGAGCAGUGGCGAAGAUACAAAGCAAUACGAACGUUUUAGAGACACUAUUUUCUUAAAUUAUUGGGCCAUAGUGUUUGUACAGGAUGUAGAUUUUUUUUAAUUUCAUUAUAUUUUUAUUUGUGUCUUUUUGUGACUUUUCAAUGUUUAAAUUGUUUGUUGUUUUGCUUUAUUUUUUCACCAUAGGAUAUUUUUAGCUUUAGGGAUAAAAGGAAAGAAAACAUUUUUUCAAAGUGCCGAGAUCCAUGUAUUUGUAGUAAUAAUAAUAAUAAUAAUAUAAUAAUAUAUAUAUAUAUAUAUAUAUAUAUAAAAACUCAUUAAACUGCUCCUUGAUUUUUAAACACAAGCAAGCGGUCAUAGUAAAUAACAUAAUCAGUCUCAUGUUGUCUUUUAUUGCCCACAGCAGUGUAUUUACUACGUGCCUAUUCAGUGCCUGCGAGGCUUCAAAAUGCAAUGAGCAGCCACUGGUUUCACUGGCUAUAAGGAUUUUAAAAAUGCCAUGUUAUUCAUGUUUUCAAUUCUGUAAUAAUUUUAAUAGCUAAUUAUACAUUGCACAGUGAAAAUAUAUAUUAGUAUCUGCACAGUAACCUGUGAAGCUACUGCUGUCCAAAACAAUGGUGCUGACGUUCAUUUGUCCUGUGUCCAGCACCUUAGAUUGCUGCUCACUAACAGGGUGACUCACAGUGUCGAUCGAUUUUGGUGAUGGGUCCACCUGCUACCACAAUAGCUAGACAGUAUAAAAUAUUCCAUAAAUACUGAGAUUUUAAUAAUUGCAUGAUUAGUGUCAAUUUAUCUGCUUUUGUAAGAAAUUGGUUUAUAGGAAACCAGUGAAGGGAAUGCAGCAGCUGGUGACAUGGGUGAAUGUCAGAAGAUACAUUGUGCUGCUGAAAAUAAAUCAAUAAAUCAAUCAAUCAAUAAAUCAAUAAAAACAAGGGUGAGGGUGAGGACUGAUAAAGAGAAGGGGUACCGGGAAAAUAUUUGGAAACAUUCACAGAAGAGGAUGCCACCAAAGAGAAUGAGAAUGACAAUCUCAUAUGCAGGGAAGAGACUUGGGAGGACAUCCCAAGUUAUUAUGAAUAAUUUUUAAAAAGUAUUCAAAUUCUACUUGGUUUCUAAUCAUGUUGUGAUUAUCCCAUUAUGCUGUAUUUGAUUCUUAACUCUAACAUUAACAUUACUCAACAGUAGCCAUUCACCUGGGCCAGUUUCCAAAUGGAAAGCAACAGAACGAUCAGCACUGAUCAUCACAUAGCAAUACAAAGAUUACCACUAAUCAUCUCAUAGCUUUCAUUUAAGAUGAUCUUAAUACUGUGAUGCUUUUGUGAAACUGGGCUCUGGUCUGCUAAGGUCUGCCAUGCUAUGGCAUUGCACAUGGUUAAGCUGCUGAACCCUUUAUAGUAACAAAUUGGCCUAUUUCAAAUUAAGUUAUGACAAAUCAUGACGAUAUUGACAUCUGCUGUCCAAGGAAACAUCCUGAUAAUUCAACAUUGCCUUUCAUGUCUAAUAUUUUUUCAUCUCUUUUCUCCAUUGGCAUCUCCCAUUUAGUCAUGUACUGCCUUGCAUUGGCAAGAUGUUUUAUUAAUCUGAUUUCACAUCAGACCAUAUCUUCUUUUUUUACUGUGAUGGUACUGACCAUAUGUGACACAUAUUCAUUCCCUGCUUGGUAAGAUAGGAUCUUUUUUAAUGCUUGUUUGACUCUGUAGGUUUCAGUCUUUUUUUAGUUGAUAAUCACUAAUUGGUCAGUCCAGGUGGUAGCUAUGGGUUAACCAGAAGUGUGAAUUGCAGGGGCAGAACUAACACUGAUAAAUUAAAACUAUAGCUUAUAGAAGCUGUGCUUGUGCAUUCUCUUCAGCGUUCAUUCUGGAGUCUAUUGGUAAAGUAGACUAUGUGUUUUAGUGUACUACUAGCUUGGUUAGCCUUCAGGUAAAACUUGUAGGUGCAGGACUGACAUUGAUAAAUUAAGAGUGUAGCCAAUACAGAUGUGACGGUCUUUGUGGACUGAAGGACCUCAACAUGAUUCUGUAGGCUUUCUCAAAUGACUUAUCCUACCCACCUGCCAUAUCCCUCUGUCUCCACUGUUUGGACUUGGACCAUCUCACAGCAUAAGUACCAAAUUUUCUGACUAUUCAAUUACUUUCACCAACUGCCUCUUUCCUUUCAAACAUGUGCCUCCCUCCAAACUCAGCACUCACCCCUCAUAGGCUGUGAAGAUGUGAAUUCUAUCGCUAAGGCAGAAACCUCAGAAAUUUCACCUACACUUUACUGUCUAUAUAGCCUCACUCAAUGGUAAUACGGGGCUCUGGAACUGCCAUUCUGGCAUACAGAAAGCUGACCAUUUCAGCUCUAGAGUCUUUGUACAUCCUCCACUUUCUACCUCACAUUGAUACUUGGAUCACUACUGGGAAUUCAACACUAUCUUCUGCCUAUGCCUUUUCACACUCUCUAUGGAGGAAUAGCAGAGGAAGCAGCACAGGUCUGCUUCUCUCACAGAAGUGAUGCCACACACCCCUUGCUUGGUCCCAUCUUAACAGUAUACAUUUGACUUACAUGCUGUAACUGUGGUGGGAACUGUGUUGGGACCAAUCUCACUCUCUUAGAAAACAUCAGCUACCAUCCAAUGAAUGCAGAUACAUCUCACAUACCCUGGACCUUCUGUAAAAGCUGAAACCUAUACUGAACAGGCAACAUGGUCUGUAUAUGAUGGAAUAAACAUGGACCUCUUGAGCCUUGGGCCUCCGCAUGUUUCUUCCUUAUUUCUGCCCAGGGUAUUUUUCACUUUCUACUGCCGCCACUGGCUUACAGUAUGGAUCUGGUCCCAGACAUUUGUAAAGCAGCUUUGUAACAGUGCAUGUUGUGAAAAGUGCUAUAUCAAUAAAUUUGAUUUUGACAUCAGCCUUCCUUCAGCAUACAUGAGGAGAUUGGAGACAGAGUGAAAAAAUUGGAAUCCUUAUAUCUUAUCCCAGUGUUAUCUUUUUACUUGACCUUCAACCUCUCCUCUGACACACGAAGUAAGAAGAAUAUGGAUCCUGAUCUUCACAAGGCCUACUGCAAAUUUCACAGUAACAGCUUUCCAAUAUCCAGCUCAAAACUUUCAUUCCUUUACUCUCUCACAUUUCCCUGCCUAUCAAGAUCUCCUACAUACACCCCUCUCCCUUAUUGCAACAUCUACUCCAUCCCUACUUUUUCCCUAGCUUCUGCAUAUUAAAAGCCCUACUGCACUCUUCUUUAGUCCUUUCUACCAAAACCUUGCUUUCCUCCUUUUCUGCUUUAUCUCCUCUGAGACAACAUCCUUAUGCACCCCACUGGCAGCCUGAGACACUUUGUAGGAACCACGGAGAACUAUGAGUGGCAAGAGGAAGUGGGGAAUAUUAUGGCUAGAAAAAACGUCCACCCUUUCUAAACCACUGACAUAACUCCUGUGAAGUCACCCUUUUACAUAGAAAAACUGGAAACCUUUGCAUCAAGGGCAUUUUUCCCUUCAGGUCACUACAGACAUCAGUGUCAUCCAAAAUGAUGAGUCACAUUGGCAGUGCAUUGUUCACAUGGUCCUGUGGAGCCAUCAAAACAAAUAGGAGAUGACUACACCCAAAACAGUGGAGAUCAUAGUUGACUUUAAGAGGAGCUCCUCACCUCACCAUCCAGGACAACACCGUGACAGCUGUGGAGUCCCUCAAGUUUCUAUGAAGGAUGAUCUUGUCUGUUCUUCAUGACCUGUUUACCAGCAGAACUAGGGCAGAGAAAAUAAUUGCUGACCCAUCACAUGCUGGACAUCACAUAUUCCAGCUCCUUUCAGGAAAUGUCCUUCAGUCUUAUGAGGAUGAAAACUAACGAAACACAGAAUAUUUGCUUCUAUGAACUCUAAGUACUGAAUGUCUGCACUCGUGUUUUUCUGUCUUAAUGCUAUCUUGAACAACUGUUUGUAAGUCUGUAUCUUACUUAUCUGCCAUUUUCUGCAUUCUGUACAAUAUUAUUUACACAAGCAUAAUGUUUGUAUUUAUGAAUCCUUAUAUUCUUUUUUCUAUGUAUGAAUCUGUGUAUGUGUGAAUAUCAGCAGGGGAUUCAUUGCAUGACCAUGCAGAUGACAAAUCUGUAAUUAUUCUGUGAUGCAGUCAUGUCAAAAUGAGAACGUUUCCUUGUGGAAAAACUGAGACAUUUCUGAGA